GUUAAACCAGGUAGGGAGGCAGUUCAGGAGCAACAGCACAUCUACAGCCAACAUGACCAACACCAACAUGAACAUGAGGGGCAAGAUCAUCUUCUACGAGGAGAGGAACUUCCAGGGCCGCCACUAUGAGUGCAUGAGCGACUGCUCUGACAUGUCCUCCUACAUGAGCAGGUGCCACUCCUGCAGGGUGGAGAGCGGCUGCUUCAUGGUCUACGACCGUCCCAACUACAUGGGAAACCAGUACUUCAUGAGGAGGGGCGAGUACGCUGACUACAUGAGCAUGAUGGGAAUGAGAGACUGCAUCAGGUCUUGCCGUAUGAUCCCCAUGCACAGAGGUCAGUUCAGGAUGAAGAUCUAUGAGAGGGAGAACUUUGGUGGUCAGAGUUACGAGAUGAUGGACGACUGUGACAACAUCAUGGACCGUUACCGUAUGAACGACUGCCAGUCCUGCAACGUGAUGGACGGCCACUGGCUGAUGUACGAGCAGCCCAACUACAGAGGCAGGAUGAUGUACAUGAGGCCCGGAGAGUACAGGAGCUUCAGGGACAUGGGCAUGAGUGGCAUGAGGUGGAUGAGCAUGAGGCGUAUCAUGGACUCUGGCUACUAAAUGUUCACUGAAUGUGUUAAAUACCAUUGAAUAAAUAAUGUCUGCACUAUUUCAA